AUGAUGGCUGCGGAGACUCAGGGCUACCCAAGGACGUCCAUUGAGGACGAUUUUAACUACGGCAGCAAUGUGGCCUCCGCCAGUGUGCACAUCCGCAUGGCUUUCUUGCGCAAAGUCUACAGCAUCCUUUCAGCUCAAGUUUUCUUGACUACAGUGACCGCUGCUGUUUUUCUGUACUCCACCACAAUUCGGACAUUUGUACAUGACAGCCCUGUUGUACUUCUGGUGUCCUUGCUUGGCUCUUUGGCUGUGAUUGUGGCAUUAACUAUAUACAGACAUCAGCAUCCAGUUAAUUUAUAUCUUCUCUUUGGAUUUACACUUUUGGAAGCACUGACUGUUGCUAUCACAGUGACUUUCUAUGAAGUAUCUGUUGUCCUGCAAGCCUUUAUUCUUACUACUGCUGUAUUUCUGGCUCUCACUGUAUACACCUUACAGUCCAAAAGGGAUUUCAGCAAAGCUGGAGCUGGGCUGUUUGCUUGCUUAUGGAUUCUUCUCCUCUCAGGCUUUCUAAGGCUCUUCUUCUACAGUGAAGUAGCAGAGCUGAUAUUUGCCGCUGCAGGAGCACUUCUGUUCUGUGGAUUUAUUAUCUAUGACACUCAUCUGCUAAUGCACAAACUGUCUCCAGAAGAAUAUAUACUGGCUGCAAUCAACCUCUAUUUGGAUAUCAUCAAUCUGUUUCUGCACCUGCUGCGUUUGCUAGAAGCAUUUAAUAAAAAGUAAUUGCAAGUUGUCCUUCAAAACUGAGAUUUGGCUAUGGCGUCUAAAGCGUUAACGUAAGGCAUAGAAAAUCUACGGUGUUCUUUGAGACUGAAGCUUGUUUUUACAUUCCAGGCCUAUUGAGUGUUUUCAGUACAAAGGAUGUGUUAGAACUGAUAGUUAUGAUUCUAUUCUGAGAUCAGUUAAUUACAUAUUGCAGUCAUCUUCGCUGUUUUGCAAAGGCUUCACUGCAUCUGUUUGCAUAUUCUUGAUUGAAAGACUUGUUCAUCAACCACCAAUUGUCAACAAGCAGUAUUAAAAUUCUAUUUUAUUUCUGCAGUAAUUGCCACAGAUGUGUCCUUUGAAAUUCACAAUUGUGACUGGAUGGAUGACAUAAAACUGAAUCUCCUUAAUUUUGCUGUUGCACACUGAAUAUUUAAAUAAGACAAAAUUGUACUGGUUUUGGUCA